GGGGAGAGCGUACAUCUAGCGAGACUGUGGACGCACAAGCGAGAGCUGCCGCCGGUUCCUGGUGCGAGAGCAACCUUGUCGCAACAAGUUCGCUGCUCCGGAGGGGGAAAAAAAUAUACGUCGGUCCGUCGCCAGUCCCUUCCGCAGCUCGCCGGAGAAAGACCGCAGGCACCAUGGACGCGGUUUCGAGAUUCCUGAGGUACCUGUUCUCUGGUAGCUCGGCGCCUCCCAGCAGACUCCACGACGUCCUGCUCAACUUCUCCGUGGACCUUCAUCGCCAUCAACUACAGCUCCGCGAUGGCGGUUCCGCAGACGGCAACGUCUUCACGUCACCCUUCGCCAUCGCCCUCGCCCUGGCCGCCACGCACGCUGGAAGUCGUUCUGAGACCGCGUCCCAGCUCGCCCAAGUCCUCCACCUCCAGGAUGACCUCAUCGACGACGUCCGCAAGGAGUUCGCGGACAUGGUGCUCCACCUGGCCGACGCGGCGCCGGACGUCAAAGUACACCUGGCCAACGGCGUCGCCGUCGACCGCGGCGUUCGUACUUCGGCAGACUUCAAAGACCUCCUGGAAAGCGGAUACGACGGAUCCGUGAAAGAACUGGACCUGCGCAAGAAUCCUCAGCGAUCCCGCACCGAACUAAACUCGUGGGUCGAAGAGAAGACAAAGUUUCAGGUGGCCGACACGCUUCCACUCGGGGUCGUGACGCCGAGCACGUCGGUCCUCCUGGUGAACGCCAUGUACCUAAAGGGCCAGUGGGACUCUGACUUCAAGUCGGAUUAUACCUCGCGCAAGCCAUUCCGCGAAACGAGGGACAAGACAAGCAUGGUGGAGAUGAUGUUCCAAAGGAAAAACUACAAGACGGCAUUCUGCAAGACGCUGGACGUGAACGCGCUAGAGAUACCCUACUUCGGCAAGAAGGUGUCCAUGGUCAUCCUCCUGCCUCAGAAGGUGGACGGUCUGGCCACGCUGGAAGCGAACCUGACCGCGACCAACCUGCAAGCGCUACUGCGGCGGCUCUGCGAAGACGAUGACGUCGAGUUGAACCUGCCAAAGUUUAAGUUGGAACAGUCUUCCAGCCUCCGAAAGGUCCUGGAGUCGAUGGGGGCCCAGGAUCUAUUCACGGACCGCGCCGAUCUUGCGGGCUUCACCGACUCGAAGGGCGUCAGGGUGUCUGAGGUGGUGCACAAGGCCGUCCUGGAGAUCGGCGAAGAAGGUGCCGAGGGUGUGUUCGCGACGCCCGUCAUCAUGAUGUGCUACGGCGGCGCCAGCUUCAACUUCAACGUGGACCAUCCGUUCAUGUUCCUCAUCCGGAGCUGCAAUCCGGACGUGAUUCUGUUUAUGGGUUCGGUGCGUCACCUAUAGGAUGCUUCUUUUUUUUUCCGAACGCGGCCAGUCACGACAAAAGCAGGACGGUCAGUUAUACCAACACCACCUAGAAGACAAGGCCUCUCCGCCGCUCCCUCCAGACGUCAUCGCUAGUGGCUUCACACAACGUGGCGUACCUUGCGUCAGCGUUGCCGCAAACGCGUCUCAAAGCGUCUCACAACGAGUGCAACGCCAGCAAGCGACGAAAAUCGCCGCUUUGCGGCGAUUCUCGUCGAACCUCAGCGUGUUUGCCGCGUGUGUGAACGGUCGGGGGUCCACUAACGAUGACUUCACGCGCAGGUCUUUUCUCCUAGGUGGUGUUGUUUAUACGCGUAGAGCUGUGGAAGGCACUCCUCGGACUGGCUAGCACGUGCCCAGCAUUACAGUGUAUCUCUGAAGAGCGACCCGGCGAAUGCCGAUGUAGAACCGCCGCAACGAAACUGUGUACAUUAAAAAUUUACAGGGAAGUUAAAUAACCCCAGCAACGUUGAGACUGCCCUCGUUUUUCUUUUUUAACGCAAGAUAUCGCGGAUUUUUUGUUGUGUCGAUGCCAGGACAGCUAUUUUCGUCGUGCGAUCGAGUCAGAGUCCGUGAAGCUGGCUUCAAGGACAGGUGACCAGACGGACGGUUAAUUUGAUCUCGUGUUUCGUAGUACCUUAUUUCCUACUGGCCGCCGAAUCACGUUCAAGGGAAGCUUAUAAAAAAAACGCAUGGCAGUCGCCUCCGGGCACGUUCUGGAGCCGUGCUCCAGUUGCGCAGUG